AUGGUAAAGUCAACGAUGCUGAGCUCAGCAGCGGCGCACUGGACUCUGCUAGUGGUGUUCUUUCUUUGCGCUGAAUGCAUGUAUGCCGUCACAGUAAAAGUUAAGGCCACCGUAGUCACUGAAGAAAACACAGCAGAUGUGAUCCUACCGUGUGAGUUCGUGCUGGAAAAUCCAAACCAGAUUUACAGCAUGAGAUGGGACAUGGGCAGAGAUGUUGUCAUUGUGAAUGACACUUUGAACCGAGUGUUUUAUGGUGAAAAGUACACGUACAGAGUUAAGUGGGGUGAUGGAUGCUCCUUGAUUCUGUCCCACCCUUCUCUGAACGAUUCGGGCAAGUACAGGUUUAGUAUCGUUGCAUUGGGCGACCAGAAUAAAUGGGAAACAGCCUACGUGGAGCUGAAAGUAAUAAAGGCCGGGUUAAAGGAGACAACUUCCAGUGUGAGCAGAGUUCCACAGUCAACUGAUCCCACCCCAGCCAAUAAAACUACAGAGGAUCGGCGUACUUCUCCAAUUUGGGAAUAUUUCAUACCUAUGACAAUUGUUUCCAUUGUGACUGUGAUUUCUCAAAUACUUCUCAUGAGGUACAGGAUACGACACGGGCAUAUAGAUACCAAGGAGAGACUUUUCCUAGGAAUCCCUUUUGUGUUCUCUGGGACUGGAUUCGUCACAGUGGUGGUCAGCAUGGCUGUGGGAAACAGGAUUGCUUUUGUAGGAGUCUUUGCCUACAACAAAGAAACUAGAAGAGGAACAGAAGGAAAAGUGCCUCGGUUCUACGCAGAUUGAUUUGUAGA